UUAGUGUAAAGUAGACGAAUUGGUCAGAGAGAGAGAGAGAGUGAAUGAUGAAAGUUUUGGUACAUUUUUUUACCUUUAUCGCAAUUUUACAAUUGUCUUCAACAUUUCAAACCCCGACUGAAACCUUUCAACAUGAGUUAAUUUUAAAGACUCCAGAUAUUUACAAAGUAUUUUGGAAGUACAACGAAGUUGAUAUAACUUUCGAGGUACACGUAAAAACUAAAGGCUGGAUUGGAUUUGGAAUUUCUCCAAAUGGAGGAAUGGCUGGUUCUGAUAUGAUUUUAGCAUGGUUUGCAAAUGGUAAACCAGUGCUGGAGGACAGACACGCUAUAGGAGAACAAGAACCUCUUUUAGAUGAAAAACAAGAUUGGAAACUUCUUUUAGGAAAAGAGACUGAUGAUUAUACAGUAAUGAAAUUUCGUCGAAAGUUAAUUACAUGCGAUGAAAACGAUAGAAUUAUAACCGUAAAACUAUAAAUAUAUUAAUAUUACUUAUUCUGAUCAUUCAAGUUUACAGGGGAAUAGUACAAUGAGACUUAUUUGGGCUUAUAAUGACAUAAAACCCAGUGAAAAAAUUAUCAAACACGGAACAAACAAUAAAGGAACAAAAAGUGUUAGUUUAAUAAAUUUAGCGAAAACUAUUAACCAAGAAGAGAGAUUGAAAGAUACAUUUACCUACGACAUAAGAAAUUCUAACUUUUCCUUACCACACGAUAGGGAUACAUUCUAUAGAUGUGAAAUAUUUAAAAUACCUCCAAUGAUAGAAAAGCAUCAUGUGAUAUCGGCAAAGGCGAUAUUAGAUGAAAAGCAUUCUCAGAUACUACAUCAUAUUUUGGUCUAUAGCUGUCAUCAUGCAGUUGAUGACAGUCACGUCGGAAUUUCAUACGAAUGCUACAACAAUGAAACAAAUAUGGCUGAUCAUUUAAAUGGAUGUGAUACCGUUAUAUUUGCUUGGGCAGUUGGGGGCGAGCAAGAAUUUUUUCCUGAAGAUGUUGGCUUUCCACUUGGAGGUUCUGAUAAACCGUUGUAUGUCCGAAUGGAAACACAUUACGAUAACCCAUUUGGAGUAAAAAAUGUCAUCGAUCAAUCUGGUGUGAAAUUAUGGCUGACAAAGAAACUAAAAAAAUAUGAUCAGGCUGUCCUAGAAGUUGGCCAUACUGUUGGACCAUAUCAAAUAAUUCCCCCAAAGACUGAAGAAUUCAUUACCUUGGGUCAUUGUAGUGAAGAAUGUCUGAAUGAGGCUUUCAAAGAAAACAAAUUAGAAGAAGUUAAAAUAUUUUCCGUCAUGUUACAUGCUCACUUAAAGGGCGUUAAGAUGCGUUUAAGACACUAUAGAGGAGACGAAGAAAUUGAGCCGAUAACUUAUGACGACAGUUAUGAUUUUAACUAUCAAGACUACAAACUAAUGAAACCAAUGAAAGUUUUGAAAAAGGGGGAUAGGCUUACUUUAGAGUGUUAUUACAACACCAAAACAGAUAGUGAAACGAUUCAGGGAGGUUUGUCUACGAGAGAUGAAAUGUGCCUUGCAUACAUCAGAUAUUAUCCGAAAAUUAGCUUAGCACAUUGUCAAAGUAACCCGAAUAUGGAAAAAAUUUCAACUGCAUAUAAAAGCAUUAAAGAAAAAGGUUGGACAAAAGAGCUGAAAGUUGAAUAUCAAGAAUUUGUAAAAAAACCAGAAUUUGUUGCCGUUUGUACAGGAAACGCUAAAACGUUUCCGAUAAAUGAAAAAACGAUAAAACUUCCAAAAGUUAAAAAGAACUAUUUACCACCAGAUUUCUGCAAAUUAAUUACCCCGUCAUCAUCAUCAACAAUUCAUCCAUCAGUUACUCUAUUUGUUACUUUAUUCAGCUAUUAUUCAUAUGUAAUCUAUUGAAUAAUCUAUGCAUUGUAAAUACUAUAGUUACUCAUUGACUUAUACUUUGAAAAAUGUUUAUUGUGAGAGGCAGAAUGUAUGAUUUUUUUAUAUGUAUACAAUAAUAAUUGAGUUGCAUAGGUAACCAGAUGGAAAAAAAAGAGACAUUUUCAAUUAUUUUUAAUAGUUAAACUUAAUAUAUUUUCUUGCUUCAUCUUAGGCAAAUAUACUCACAAAUUUAAUUACUUAUGUAAUCUAUAAUGCCUUAUAAUUGAUUAGAAUUUGUCUUUGUUCAAUAUAUACAUUAAGUAAUUAAUAGGUUAAUAUACCAGCAAUAUGAUACUAGUGUCUAAAAUAUACAGAUUGUUAUUUAAAUCUAAUUCUUAACUAAUUCUACUUAUCUUAUCUUUAGGAAUUCGUACUUUCACGCAUAGCAAAGCACUUAAUGUUGGUUUAUUUACAUUCAAUACUUUGUUUAUUAAAAAAACUAUUUUUUAUUAUCUAUAAAUAGAUUAUAC